AUGUGGACGUGCACCGCGUGUCGCCUGACGUUUCCGUCCUACGCCGAGCAGCGGGACCACUUCCGUCUCGACUGGCACCGCUACAACCUCAAGCGCAAGGUGGUGGACCUGCCGCCAGUGUCGGAAGAGCAGUUUGCGCUCCGCAUGCGCAAAGUGCUCGAGGAGAACGCGGCCCAGCGGGUGCAUGAUCCCAAAGCGAAGCAACGGGCGCGGAAGGAGCAGCUGCAGAAGACCGGCGUCAAGGUCGGGCUCAAGUGCGUGGCGUGCAACAAGACGUUCACGAACGCGAACGCGCACGGGAACCACUUGGUGUCGAAGAAGCACGUGGCGAAUGCCAAGCACCGGCCCGAGAUCGCGUCGAGGGUCGAGACGGUCGAGAAGCACGUGGACGUGGUGACACUCGAGGAGAGCGGCAGUGGUGUUCAUUCAACGACGCACAUGACGGAAGAGGAGCUGGUGCACGAGAUGGAAGAGUACAAGAAGCACGUGCCGCUGGAGAACGAGGACUGCAUCUUCUGUCUGCAUCACGCAGCCAGUUUCGACGCAAACGUCGAGCACAUGCUGCAUGCGCACGGCUUCUUCAUCCCCGACGUCGAGUUCCUCGUGGACGCACAAGGGCUGGUCAGCUACUUGGCCGAGAAAGUCAAGGUCGGCUUCUACUGCCUCUACUGCAACGGCAAGGGCAAGGCCUUCCGCUCGCACCAGGAUGUGCAGAAGCACAUGACGUCGCUCUCGCACUGCAAACUGCGCUACGAGGACGAGGAUUUGGACGAGCUGCUCGAGUUUUACAACUUUGAGGCUCAGUACGCGUCGUCGACGAAGAACGCGGCGACUGCUGACGGGGAGGUCGAGUGGGAGACGGACAGCGAGGCUGGCAGCAUCGACAGUGAGGAAGAAGUCGUGGAGGAGGACCAGCACCUUGGCGGGGACAACGACAAUGGCGAAGACGACGACAAGUUUGCCAUGGGCGUGUCUGAGACUGGAGAGCUCGUGUUAGCAAGCGGUCGCCGCCUCGGCCGCCGCGAGUUUCGCCGCUACUACAAGCAGCGCUUUCGUCCCGACGAAACACGUGCGUCGGUGCUGGCUGCGACCAAAGAGAACUUGCUGCUGGCGUACGAGACGGCCGGCAUUGAUCCUCGCAGCGGCAGCACUGCGCUCUCGUCGGCGUUCGUGGCCAACUUUCUCAAAAAGCGCAACAACAUCGCCGGCGGCAUGUCGAUCGUUGAGGCCAAACGAAAGAUUUUCUGGCACGAGAAGAACCGGUCGCGUCUCGACAACCGCAGCCACAAGUUGCAGAGGAACCCGAACCGUCGGGUCAUGGUGACAGUCUAG